AUAAAAAAUUAUCAAUAUGGGUCAAACACUGUCAGAACCAAUCACCGCCAAGGAAUCAUCAUAUUGCCAAAAUGAAUUGUACAGAGUGGGUUCCAGCUGUAUGCAGGGCUGGCGCAUAAAUAUGGAAGAUUCACAUACACACAUUCUAUCGUUGCCCGAUGAUCCGGGUACUGCAUUUUUUGCAGUCUAUGAUGGCCAUGGCGGUGCAACAGUAGCACAAUAUGCUGGCAAACAUUUACACAAGUUUGUUUUGAAACGACCCGAAUACAAGGAUAAUGUUGAAAAAGCCUUAAAGCAAGCAUUCUUAGAUAUUGACUAUGAAAUGUUAUACAAUGAAUCAUGGGGCGAGCAAAUGGCCGGUUCAACAGCCGUUGUGGUGUUAAUUAAAAAUAAUCGAUUAUAUUGUGCCAAUGCCGGUGAUUCACGUGCCGUUGCGUGCAUAAAUGGCAAAGUCGAAACAUUAUCAAUGGACCAUAAACCAAAUAAUGAAGCUGAAUCGAAACGUAUCAAUGAAGGUGGCGGCUGGGUGGAAUUUAAUCGUGUCAAUGGUAAUCUGGCAUUAUCGAGAGCAUUGGGUGAUUUUGUAUUCAAACGUAAUGAAAAUAAGAAACCCGAAGACCAAAUUGUAACAG